UCGCGUAGUCGAGCUCGUCGCCAGCGGAGCACCGAAGCCGACGACGAGUCUCGCCGGUCGUCGCUGUCCAGAAGUGCGAAGAUAAAGAGAGACUGGCGUCACACCGCCGCUGCCACUGUUGCCUGCUGCUUCCACCGCCGCGACCAUCCAAAGAACAGAGAAAAGAGCCAGCCAGUCGCAGCAAUGUGUCACUGAAUUUUGAAUCACUCGUGACGGCGAAUCGCGGUGUAACGCGCUCCGCAUUUUCAGUUUUCCUCGACACACGGAGAAAUGGGCCACGAGAAGGAGAGACCGACCGGGAAGGUCGAGCUGAAGAGAGAGCUGGGACUCUUCAGCGCGGUCAGCAUCAUCCUAGCGGUGAUGAUCGGUUCUGGCAUCUUCGUGUCGCCAACGAGCGCCCUUGAACGAUCGGGAUCAGUGGGGUUCUGUCUAAUUGUUUGGAUCAGCUGCGGUGUGCUGUCUCUGUUGGGCGCGUUGGCCUUUGCCGAACUGAGCACGGUGGUGCCGCGUUCCGGCGCUGAGUAUGCCUAUUUCAUCGAGGCUUACGGGCCGCUGCAUCCCUGGGCCGGCCCGAUACCGGCGUUCAUCUGCUCCUGGGUGUACGUGAUGCUGCUGCGACCGGCGGAAGUAGCGGUGAUCACGCUGACUUUCGCCGAGUACAGCGUGCAGCCGUUCACAGGUUACCUCGGCAACCUGUCCGACGACAGGUUGAGGACGCUGAAGCUGUUUAUAGCGAUCCUAUCGUUAGGCGUGAUAACGUAUAUUAAUCUCAUCAGCGUCAAGGUCUACGUGAAAGUGCAAAACGUGUUCACCGUGUUCAAGAUACUCGCCUGCGUUGUGGUGAUCGCCGGAGGGAUCUGGUGGCUGGGCACAGGUCACGUAGAGCUCCUCCAGCACCCGUUUCGCGGCACCACCACGUCAGCCGGCAACAUCGCCCUGGCCUUCUAUAGCGGUCUGUGGGCGUACGACGGCUGGACCUCGGCCGCGAUCGUCACCGAAGAGAUACAGAAGCCCGAAAUCAAUAUUCUCAGAAGCACCCUCAUUGCGGUGCCGACCAUCACCGUGCUGUACGUGUUCAUGAAUUUGAUGUACAUGUCGGCUCUGACGACACAGGAGAUGGUGAGCGCGCCGGCGGUGGCGGUCUUCUGGGCGGAACGAGUUCUGCCGUCCUGGAUGGGAUUUCUAAUACCACUUGGCGUCGCUUUGUCGACCUUCGGCUGCGCCCUCAGCGUGCAGUUUAGCGUGGCUCGGCUGUGCUUCGUUGCGGGCCAGGAAGGCCACGUGCCGCGUGUCUUCAGCUACGUUCACAUUAAGAAAUUGACACCGGCCGCGGCGGUGAUCUUCCAGGGUCUGCUCUCGCUCACGUGCCUGAUGAUAGGCGACAUAAUCGCUCUGAUCGAGUUCGCCAGUUUUCUCAUGUGGGUGUUCUACGGAUUCGCGAUGGUGUCGCUCAUAAUCAUGAGACGGACGAAAUCGGACGCGCCCCGACCGUAUCGCGUGCCCAUCGUGAUACCGUGGCUGGUGCUGGUCGUCUCUAUUUUUCUCUCGGUGCUUCCGAUGAUUUACGAACCGUCGACCAAGUAUCUAUUCGCGCUCGCGUUUAUUCUACUCGGCGUACUCGUGUAUCACGUGUACGUGUACAAGAAAGUGAGGAGCACUUUGUCAGCCAAACUGACAUACUUUAUACAAGCAUUGUGUCUAGUUGUCGCGCCAGACAAACAAGAAGACUGACUGCAGAUAUUUCGCAUCUAUAUCACUCGUGUAUAUAAGCGUUAUGUUUACUCAGAUGAUGCAUUUACUCUCUACUUUACAUUUAUAUGUACAGAAAACAGAGUAGAGGACGUGAAGGUCUUCACAUUCGCGAGAGAAACAACACAAUAUUCUGCGUAUCUUUUUAUUUCCCAAAAUGGAUCAAAACUUCAGUCUUUGUGCGAUAUAAGCAUUGAAUAGAGACAACAAUGGUGCCUUAUAUUUUCUAAGCCAGUUGACAAUAAGAUCUAUUUUGUAAAACUUCGGUAGUAUACACAACUGGUAUUUUAUAUCAAACAAUAUAUCGAUAUUAUAUAUAUCUUUUUUUUAUGAAUAAAAGCAAUAUAUAAUAUUGUAUAUG